CUUGAACUUAACCGCGAGUAUACAAGAAAGGCUUCAAGCUUCAAGAGGAUAUUGCGCGAGGGGUAACAGGUAAGUGUACAAUAUCAUUCAUGCACCUACAUGACAUGAUUUCCGGUCAAACAACAGACUUGGAAAAAGAUUUCUGCUACCGCAAUCGGUGUUCAAACGUUCACCGGGCAUUCGCCUUCAUAUCCAUGGCCUUUCGUCUAGUACCUUCAGCUAAGUAUGUCAUUCAUUUCCAGGCCAUUUUUGGCCGUUCCCUGUCACGUCUGCUUCUGUGCAAUCUAUUUCUCCGAGGCUACAUAAAACAGUCUCCUGGUUGAUCAGAUGCCCACGAACCGUCUGGUUCCCCGAAAUACUGGAGAAUGCUCUACGAUUUUUGGUGGGUUUCCUCCACCCCCCUAUGCUCCUCCCGUGCAUAUAUCUUUGGCAGGAAGCUAGAUUCAGACCUAUAUGCACACGUCAAAGCGUCCGGACGUUCACAAGGGAUGUCUCACGAGCCGAUGCAGAACCGUAUGCAUCGUGUACACAUGGACUCCUGUAACAGUGCUACUGCAUCAGCUGUUCCGCAGCAUGUUCAAUCGAAAACUAGUUACCGUGCAUCGGCUUCUUGUGACCCGCAUGUUGAGGACUCAUUGUCAAACAGUACCUCGUCACUGUCGAGUUCUGGGAAAGCGGUUGCUCAACGUUAUGCUCAAAGUGCGGCAAGACAAUCUUUGUGCUACGGUCCCAGUGAUUCGCUCAAUUAUCGGUAUGCCGUCGAUCCGCAAUUGCCUGGCACAAUGCCGUACGCGGACGAAAAAUUUCCCGUCGUGCUCUUGCAUCAUGUCCAUCGGGGGGAUAUACCCCACGAACAGGAACCUUCAUCCAACAAUUUUAAUGUGUUAGAAUCGCCAACCCAAUGCCUGUGGAACGACAGCCAAGGCCAGUGUAGCUUUACUGCGGAUACGGUCACGACCGUGAUGAAGCAUAUAUCGUCGCACCAUCUUCGUGAGCAUCAGCACUCUGACUGCCAGGUGCGAUGUCGAUGUAGGGGAUGCUUGCUUCGGAGGACGAUAAGACGAGAUACAAUUCUCAGGCAUAUCCGCGAAAUACACUACGGGGACAAAUUUCGCCGCAAGCACUCACCGUGAGUUUUAUCUGCACUUGAAAGACUGAUCACUUUGGGUCGCAUCAUGUAGGAGGCGGUCCUAUUAUACCUUCUGAUAUACUAUUCCUGCUUUUGUGGCUAGUGUGUAUCUUAGUAGGAUCUAUAUAAGGUCCUGCCCAUUCUUUGUUCGUACAUUCUAUACAACUCUUCAUCGUACAUUUUUAUUCCUACAUGUAGAACACCAGUCGCAUAUGCUGUACAAAGGACACUAUCGUGAUGGACCGUCAUGAAUAUAGCUCUCGCAUUCUCUGCC